CACUGAGGGAGUUGGGGGUCUCGGAAACGUCUCGUCUUCGGGAAAGGGGAGAAACAACGACGGCGGCGGGCCCGCGGCGUUACGAUACUUGUGAAAGAUGGUGGAUCGCUUGGCAAACAGCGAGGCAAAUACUAGAAGAAUAAGUAUAGUGGAAAACUGCUUUGGAGCAGCUGGUCAACCCCUGACUAUUCCUGGCCGUGUUCUGAUUGGAGAGGGAGUCCUAACAAAACUCUGUAGGAAGAAGCCUAAAGCAAGGCAGUUCUUCCUGUUCAACGACAUUCUUGUUUAUGGUAACAUUGUCAUCCAGAAGAAGAAAUACAACAAACAGCACAUAAUCCCACUGGAGAACGUCACUAUUGAUUCCAUCCAGGAUGAGGGAGACUUACGGAACGGGUGGCUUAUCAAGACACCAACCAAGUCCUUUGCGGUUUAUGCUGCCACUGCCACAGAGAAGUCGGAGUGGAUGAACCACAUAAAUAAAUGUGUUUCUGAUUUGCUCUCCAAAAGCGGGAAGACCCCCAGCAACGAGCACGCGGCCGUGUGGGUGCCGGACUCGGAAGCCGCGGUGUGCAUGCGCUGCCAGAAAGCCAAGUUCACUCCCGUCAACCGCCGGCACCACUGCCGCAAGUGCGGCUUCGUCGUGUGCGGGCCCUGCUCGGAAAAGAGGUUCCUGCUCCCCAGCCAGUCUUCCAAGCCAGUGAGAAUCUGCGACUUCUGCUACGAUCUGCUUUCUACGGGGGAGAUGACUGCCUGUCAGUCCGCUAGGUCAGACUCCUACAGCCCGUCACCCAAGUCAUCUUUAAAUGAUGUAUCUGAUGAUGAUGAUGAUGAAGACAGUAGCGAUUAAGGACCAAAUGUUUUUCCAUGUGUUGCGAGUUGUGUUUCAAACCAUACGGAGCUGCUUUUGGGGAAGUCUGUAGUGAGGUUCCUCAGAGAAAUCCUGUUCUAGCCAUGAAAUAUGCCUGAAUAUCUUCAAUGUGCCUCAAUCUAUGAAUUCUCUAGACAAUAGUUGUUUAUUUUUCUCCUCUGCAGGGAUAGACUGGUGCAAAUGUUAUUAGAAUAUUUUCCAACUUCAUUUACUUGAGUGGUGUCUGGGUUAGACUUUUGUGGAAGAUUGGCGAAUGAAAUGUACUUUCUUAAUUUAAGAACCCAUACUUUCUAAUGUUUCACAUUGGUAUGUUAUGUGGGAUUUUUUCAGAACUAGGGAGGAAAACUGUGAGCAUGCACGGGAUGGUGAUGUUUUUGUUAAUCCUGUAGACUCAUAUCUUUUUAGCCAUGGUAUAUAAUUAAUUACAGAGUCAUCCAGUGCACAAACCUAAAUGUCACAAAACUUGGGAACUCUUGUUUUGCUGUUACUUAUGACUUCCUAUGCCAAGCAGUGCCUUGUACCAAUUGUGCUGAUCCAGGAAGAAACAAACCUAUUUUAUGUCUGUAUUUGCCUAAAUGCUGGUAUCUGAGAGAUUGUUGGUGCUAUUGAAAAUAACUGCUGUGUUCAAAGUGGAGCUUUGACAAGGUCAUAACUGUACCCCAUGUUGGAUGAUGGACACCCAAAUGUUACGUCCUCACCUGUGCAGGCAGGCCUGAAGACUCUGCAGAUUCCCACAGGAUUCAGUAGCUUUCUCCUUGCAGAAGUUCUGUUGUAGGUUGGGAUCUUGAGAUGAGAAACUUAGGGAGAUUCUUCAUGGGGAUUUAUAUACUUUGUUUUCAGAACAGUUUCUAAGUUUCAAAUUUGGCAAAUGCAUACUGAAAUUUUAGUUGGGUGAUACAGCAUUUGGGUGUGCUAGCCUACAUAUUUUUGGAAGUAAUUCCCAAAGAUGUCACAAAUUUUUUUCUUAAAACACUGGUGAGAGUACUGGGUUUUUUCUUUCCCCCAGGAGUUUUAUUGGCUUGUUUGAAAAUAACCUCAUAUUUUGAACAAGAAGCCUGCAAGUAUCCUUGUAAAACUGGCUUUCCUUUUUACACAGCUGACCUCAGGAUAAAUGUGAGAUGCAAGUUCAUUUUAAAUGAAUACCCAGGACCAAGAGAGAUGUAUUUAAGGACUGUCAUGAAAUUGUCAGUGCAGAAAAUGUCUCUAUCAUAGUGUUCACUUUAAUUUCUUGAAUACAGAAGUGUCAUGUUCCUGUAUAAAUGCACAAUUUACACUUGCAAAGACAUGUUAAACCCCCAAAUAUAUGUUUCUGUGUUUUUAUAAUGAUAACAUCAAUUUUGAAGCAGAAAAACCUCUUUGAAAUAGUUGUAUGGAUAUAGUAGCAACUGACUUUAUAGAAAAAAAAUGUUAAAGCUUUGUAUCUAUACAUGACAAUUUCUGCACUGUUUGCCUUGGUUGGCAAUAAUUGGGUUAAGUAUUUAUUGAAUAAACAAUCAAUGCUGCAUGUUG